UGAACGGGGCCGAGGCUGCUGAACGGGGCCGAGGCUGCUGAACGGGGCCGAGGAAGCUAUAGCAACAAACAUGGCGGUCACCCACGAACUUGCUGGCGCCUCCGAGGAACCUGAGGAUGAUGCCUUGGAGUCAUCAGACAACUCUGACUCAGACAGCAGUUCUAGCUCGAGCAGUAGCAGUAGUAGCCGGACAAGUAGCAGGGCUGGAAGCCGGUCACCAACAGGUAUUCGCUCGCCAUCACCAGCGGGCAGCAACAGGAGUGGAUCUAGAAGCAGAAGUCAUACUCCAGCAAGAAGCAAUGCGAGUAGAUCUGUUAGUGGCAGCCCUAGAAGUAGAGGUAGUGCUUCACCCCAGAGCAAAAUGAAUUAUUCACCAGCAGCAGCAGGCAGUCCUCGUAGCAGGGCCAGUGAAUCACCACACAGUCCAGCUGGCAGUCACCCCAGUAGAUCCCAAGCUGGCAGUCAUCACAGUAGAUCCCCAGCCGAAAGCCAGCAGAGUAGAUCUCCAGCUGGCAGUUAUCGAAGCAGAUCUCCAGCUGGCAGUCAGCACAGUAGAUCCCUAGCUCGCAGUCACCACAGUAGAUCGCCAGUUGGCAGUCGACACAGUAGAUCCCCUUUUGGUAGUCGACACAGUAGAUCCCCUUAUGGCAGUCGACACAGUAGAUCCCCAACCGGCAGUCGACACAGUAGAUCUCCAGCUGGUAGUCAGCACAGUAGGUCCCUAGCUCGCAGUCAUCACAGUAGAUCACCAGUUGGCAGUCGACACAGUAGAUCACCAGCUGGCGGUCAGCGCAGUAGAUCCUUAGCUCACAGUCGUCAUAGUAGAUCACCAAUUGGCAGUAGACACAGUAGGUCCCCAGUUGGUGGUAAGCACAGUAGAUCCCCAGCUGGCAGUCAGCGCAGUAGAUCCUUAGCUCACAGUCGUCACAGUAGAUCACCAGUUGGCAGUCGACUCAGUAGAUCCCCAGCUAGCAGUCACCGCAGUAGAUCUCAAGUCAGCAGUCGUCGUAGUAGGUCCCCAGUCAGUAAUCGUCGUAGCAGAUCUCCAGCUGGCAGUCACCGAAGUAGAUCUCAAGUUAGCAGUCAUCGAAGUAGGUCCCCAGUUAGCAGUCAUCGUAGUAGGUCCCCAGUCGGCAGUCGACACAGUAGAUCCCCAGCUGGCAGUCAGCGCAGUAGAUCCCUGGCUCAUAGUCGUCACAGUAGAUCACCAGUUAGCAGACACAGUAGAUCACCAGCUAGCAGUCACCGCAGUAGAUCUCAAGUCAGCAGUCGUCGUAGCAGGUCCCCAGUUAGCAGUCAUCGUAGUAGGUCCCCAGUUGGCAGUCAUCGUAGCAGGUCCCCAGUCAGCAGUCGUCGUAGCAGGUCCCCAUCUGGUAGUCACCGCAGUAGGAGUGGAACUCCAAGAAGUCACAGGAGUUUGUCAGGCUCUCAUCCUAGAAGUAGAUCUCUUAGUCCUCAAAGAAGCAGGUCUGGAUCACCAGCCAGUAGAACACCUGCUGGAUCAUUUGAUGGUAGCCUUACUCCAGCUGUAUCUCGUGGAGGUAGUAGAUCACCUAGAUCUAAAGUGGAUAGUGCAACACCAUUGGGUUCUAGGGUGGGAAGUAGGUCACCUGUAGAUUCCAGAGGUAGAAGUAGGACCCCAUCACCAGUGGGCUCCAGGAGAGAGAGUAGAUCUCCUGUAGGAUCAAGAACGGGCAGUGCAUCACCUCCGAGAUCGAAAGUUAAAAGUAGAUCACCAGCACACUCAAGGACAGGCAGCAGGUCACCAAGGUCACCUACUCACUCUAGAGGAUCCAAAUCACCCAUUUCUAGAUCAGGCAGCAGAAGCCCAGCAUUGUCUCGAAGCCAUAGUAGGUCUCCCAGAGAUAACCGAAGAAAAAGGUCGCCGACUGGAAGUAGGAAGUCUGGGUCCCGCUCACGAUCAAAAUCACCACUUGGCAGUGAUAAAGAAGCAAAAAGAGGUGGCAGUGAUGCUGAGGGUAAGAAGGGAUCAGAUGAUGACAGUGACAUGGAUGUUGGCAGGAAACGUAAACGUGCACUGAUGAGUGAUGAUUCAGAUGAUGAUGCCGCCAAGAAAGUCAGAUCUGAUGAUGAAUUGAAUGAUGUUAAUGCAGAAGACCUCUUUGGUGAUGCUGAUGAUAUCAGCGAUGAUGAAGAUAAAGAUAAACAUACCAAGGGUGAUAAAGACAGACGGAGAUCGAGGUCGCGGUCUCGUUCACGGUCAAGAUCACGAUCACGAUCCAGGUCUCGCUCAAGAUCCAGGUCAAAGUCUCGAUCACGAUCAGGUUCACCGAGGCUUAUUGUGCCUGAUGAUGAAGAGAAGGAAGAUGAGGGCCCUCCUCCAGAAACAAGAAUUGAGGCUGAGAUCCCCAAAAUUAACACGGAUUUAGGCAGGGAUAUACAUUUUGUGAAAUUACCCAACUUCCUCUCUGUUGAAACGAGACCAUUUGACCCUGAACUCUACGAAGAUGAAAUUGAUGAGGAAGAGACACUAGAUGAAGAAGGUCGAGCAAGGCUGAAGCUAAAAGUUGAAAACACAAUGCGAUGGCGGACUGUAUUUGAUAAGGAAGGAAAUGCUGUAAAGGAGAGUAAUACCAAGUUGGUUCGAUGGUCUGAUGGAUCAAUGUCGCUCCAUCUUGGUAGUGAAAUCUUCGAUGUCUAUAAACAGCCUUUGCAGGGAGACCACAACCAUCUCUUCAUUCGUCAAGGAACGGGUCUGCAAGGUCAGGCAGUUUUUCGUACAAAACUGACCUUCCGUCCUCAUUCAACUGAUUCAUUCACUCAUCGCAAGAUGACUUUGUCUCUUGCUGACCGCUCACAGAAAACUAGUGGUGUCAAAGUUUUGUCCAACCUCUUCCGUGAUCCAGAGAGUACUCGAGUUGAGAGUUUAAGGAGGGAUGAGGAUAGAUUAAGAGCUUCAAUGAGACGUGAAAGCAAGCAGCGUCGAGUGAGAGAAAAGGCCCCAAAUCGUGGACUGUCUGCAAACUAUUUGGAGCCUGACAACUAUGAAGAUGAGGAUGAAGCUGGUAUUUCUUUGGCUGCCAUUAAAAACAAAUUUAAGAAUAAGCAAAAUGAUCGUGCUCCAAUCUACUCCUCUGAUGAAGAAGAAUCGGACAUUGAAACAGACAAGGCAAAGCGACUGGAAAGAGCUAAACAUACCAUUAAGGACUCUGACGACUCGCAUAGUGACAGUGAUAGUGACAAAGAUGAGAGUGGCAGUGAUCGUGCCAGCAGUAGGCAGACUUCACGGAAGAGUGGAAGUCGAAGUAGGAGUGGUAGUAGGAGCAAGAGUAGGAGCAAAAGUAGGAGCAAGAGUAGGAGCAAAAGUAGGAGCAAGAGUAGAAGCAAAAGUAGGAGCAAAAGUAGGAGCAAGAGUAGGAGUCAGAGCCGUAGCAAGAGCAGGAGCCAAAGCAGGAGCAAGAGUAGGAGUCAAAGCAGGAGCCGGAGCAGGAGCAAGAGUAAGAGUAGAAGCCCAAGUAAGAGCAAGAGUAGGAGCCGGAGCAGGAGUAGCAGUAAGAGUAGGAGUGGUAGUGAUAGUGGAGGCAAAUCAGGCUCAGGCUCUGAUAGUGAUUAAACAAUGCACUAUUUGCCUUACUUGAGAACGUCUAAAAGUUUUAGGGAUUCCUAAGUAUUGGCAUUGUAAUUAUCUGCUUAUUUGUUAAUACAUUUUCUUUUCCUUUAAAUUAAGUAUUUUUCUUUGUUCCAAUAAGGAGUAAAUUAGUAAUGAUCAUGUUAUAUACUUUAAAAACACCCAGGACUUAAUCUUUUACAUUAUCUUGGUAAGAUUGAAGUACAUUUUAUGUUGAACAUAAUGGGAUAUUUCAGUUAUUUUUACAAUAUAAUUUGAAAGAUUUUAACAUAUAUCAAUAUCUCCUCAAAAAAAAAAAAAACAAUUGCAGAUCAGUUGUUUAGUGACUGCUUCACAUUUAAUAUAUAAUUUGAAAGAUUUUAACAUAUAUCAAUAUCACCUCAAAAAAAAAAAUUGGAGAUCAGUUGUUUAGUGACUGCUCAGACACAUUUCUGAGAUUUACAGAUGUGGCAUUGUAUGGGGAUGAAGCCGGCUGUAGAGAAUCUAACAUGCUAUUUUGUUUAGAAAUUGGUGAAGUGUUUGCUUAGCAUAGAUAUUGUAAAUUGAUUACAUAAUUAUUUUUAGAUUUUAAUCCUUAUCCAGUGAUUAACAUUCUGUAUUAGUUUUGUACAAGUUUAUCAAGAUUUAAUUAAAUUUUGUAGAAAGUC